AUGUCUACUAACCACAAACCGUUCACGGACUCCGUUCCCUUCCCCCCACCAUCCCCACCACCCUCCCCGCCCCGGAGCCAACGCCCUACACCAAACGAGUCUUGCCCAUCCAAACCAAAAUGCCAAUCCCUCUAUUUCGCCUAUGGCACCCACCUCUCCCUCUCCGAACUAGCUUCCCACUGCCCCUCCAGCCGUUACAUAGGCCACGGCCACCUACAUGACCACCGCUGGCAAAUUGGCCAGGAGGGGUUAGCAAACGUCAUCCCUAAUCCCGGCGAAACGGUCGAGGGGCUCUGUUAUCUGCUUGAUUCGGAUGAUGAGGAGAGGUUAUAUGAGCACAGUUGUGGGGGGGAGGGCGCGGAGGGAUAUAGGUAUGAGAAGGUGGUGUUGGCUGUUAAGUUAUUUCCUGGACGGGCGGUUGUUGUUGGGCGGGAUGUUAGGGAGAUUUUGCAAAGUGACCUUGGCGGACGAGGGGCCGUGUUUGGACGUGGGGGAGAGGUUGCGGGUUGGAAUUAUUAUAGUGCGCUUGUUGGUGUUCGGGCGCAUUGCAGGAGGUUCAUCAAUAAGAUGGGCAGCUCGUGCUUGUCUGUGGAUGAUUCUGCGAUUGUGGAAGAGGGAGCACGGGGGAAUGAAAGGCAAUCAUGCAUGGCGGUUGCGGCUGCAGUAACCGGGGAGAAGGUUGAUAUGUUGGUGUAUCUGGACAGAGACACGCGUCGAUAUCAUAUGAGAGAUUAUAAGGAUCGUGUCCGGACAGAAGGGGGACAUGCGAUCGUACAGUGUCUGGCUCGUGGGUUGCAGGAUGCCAUGGUUCUCGGAGUUUCGCCGUUGUAUGUUGCUAGAAGCGUGCUGCCUCAGCUUGGGUUAGGGUGA